UAAAGAUGGCGUUAGCGGCUAACACAGGCGAUUGCAUUUUGUUUUACAAAAAUUAUUCGGCCAGUGGUAAAAAAAACAUUGUUCAAAUAGAGCUUUAAUUAGUCAUUUGUUGUGUAAAAAUAUGCUACAUUGAGCAAAUACACGUACAUUACGCAGAAUAACGUUUGUUCAGCCUUCUUACGAUGUAGGCCUGUUUUUAGGGAGUGGACCGAAGCUGUUGGAACUCCAUCUCCCGUCAGCGAGUGCGGCGUCAGGUGGUACAACUUUCCUAUUUCAUGGUAUCUGUAGUUUUCUGACCAAGCCAGGUUGUUAUUUUUUGCGGAAACUUUGAAAAACAACAUGAAGAGCACAUAUUCACCAGUUAAGUAAACAAGCUAACCCUUUAAAGUGAAAGGACAUGCUAUUUAACUUCUUAGUAUUUCACUGGAAGCGUCCAGUGAUGUUCCGCAGUGUUUAUAUCUGUCUACACUGAGAGGAGGAAGAUUAAGAUAAUUGAACCCGUAGCCUGUCACACAGAGGUGCAAUGGCUGCAUCACCUGUGCAAGGUGACUGGAAACAGUCUCGAGCACCCUCCAGAGAAGGGCAUCCAUCAUCACCAGAGUCAUCUUUGACGUGGUGCCUGGCUCACCUCUCCAAACCCGGAUCAGGGGCUGAACAUCAUGGACAUGGCAAGGCUGACUCAGGCAGUAGCAGAGAAAUGGACAAGAGAUCCAGAGUUUCUCAGUGGCGAGCCCUGUAUGCUAUCCGGACGCAGCACAUCAAGGGUGACAAGGCUGGCAUUGCCAGAUUUAGAGCACAAGGUGGGCUCCGGCCCCUGCUGGACCUGCUCAAACACCCAGACUGCCCCAGGAAAACCCUGGAUCUGGCUCUUAGCAUUCUUGCAAACUGCUGCACUGAGCUGGAGACGCGUAUUGAGGUCCGCAAGCUUGAUGGAAUAAAGAUUGUAGUGGAGAUCCUGAAGAGAAAUGUGGCCCUGGAGACAGUCCAGAACCGAGCAGCCAGGGCUUUGGGAAACUUGGCCAUGGAUCAAGAGAGCUCUGCACUCAUCCACUCUGCCGGUGGUGUCCCGCUUCUCCUCCUUUGUGUGUCUCUUUCUUCUGGCCCUUCCUCCCCCACCGCUGCUCCACCCAAAGACACCUGUCCUAAACUGGAGUGCGCUCAGUCGGCUGCUCGGGCUCUCCUCUACCUCUCAGAUACACCCUCUAACCGCCUGUCCCUGCUCACCCAAGGCACCUUAUCUGCUCUCGCCCCUCUCAUCGCUCCAGAAUAUCCCCAGGGGCUGAGGCGGGCGGCGCUCAGGACCCUCCACGAGCUGACCCGGAGCUGCAGUGUUGAAUGCGCCAGAGAGGCGUCCCGUUCUGGAGUCCUCGCUCAGCUCGGUGUCAUGGCGUCGGGGGAGUCUGGGAAACCUUUUGAGGAGCUGGCACUGAAAACCCUGGCCAACAUGUGCUCCCAAGGCUGCCUGCGCCCUCUGGUGGGGUCACUGGGAGUGAUUCAGAAGUUCACUGAUGAGGUCAAGAGGGACCCACUGAAGUCUGGAGUCUUCCUCAAAGCCUUGUGCUUGUGCUGCAAGGAGGCGGUCAACCGGGCCAAGGUGAAGGAGAGUGGCGGAUUGGAGGUGCUGAUUGGCUUUUUGGCUGCCCAUCAGAGUCAUCCUCUUUCCCGACUAGCAAUCCUGGCCUGUGUUGACUUUGUUUUUGAUGAAUCUGCAAUGGAGCAGUUGCAAGAGUUGGGGCUGGUCCCUCUGCUUGUUGCACGACUGGUCGAACUCACCAGAGGUGAGGAACAGUCUGCGGAGAAAAUGGAUGUGAGCCUCUCCUCCAGCAUGUCUCCCGCUGAGCUCCUGCCAUCAUCAUGCUUUGACUCUUUUGACUUUCCUCCUCCUGAGGGCUGCAAGAAGGAGGAAGCUGGAAAGGAGCAAGGUCUAUGUUCAUCAAGCUUUUUAAGUCUCAGGUCCUGGUUGGUGUCUGAGGGAUUGAUCUCUUCAGAGGGGGAUCUGCUGGAUUCCUCUGGUGUUGAAGGGGAAUGGGGGAGUCUUCAGAUUCCACCGUCUUCAUCCCCUCAAACCCCCUCCCCAAACCCUGAUUCCCUUUCUUAUCUUAAAAACCCUUCUCCAUCCAACCCUACUUCUUCUUCUACCUCUAAAAAAGCAGCUCAGCCUUCCCCUCUGUCCUCUUCAGCCCAGCCUCCAUUGUCAUCCUCAUGUAGAAUCACUGAUCCGCCUCCCUCUAGUCCUCAGCCUUCCAGUGGACUCACACCCCAAACCCAGCCCAGUUUCUCCAUCGUCUCCUCUCCCACUAAAACAACCCAAACACCAGUCUCCCCGUCAAAGUUCUCAUCCCCUCACAGAAGGAGGCAGCGUGCUCACCCAGCAGCUUGUUUGACUAAAGUCACUCUUGACACCCCUCCCUCUGCGCCCCGCCCGAUGGCUUACCACCACCCCUACCACCCUGAACCCUGGACGCCCGAGUCGCCCAUCCUGCUGCUGCUGUCACGCUUCUCCCACGCCACCGACCCAAGUGCUGCUCUGGUCACCUCAGGAGUCAUGUCUGGCUUGCUCUACUACCUCACCCAGCACCAGGACCCCAGCAGCAGGUGCCUACGUAUGCUUUGCCGUCUGAGCUGCAACCCAAACUGUUUGCAGGCGCUGGUCCGAACCGGCUCCGUUGCCCUGAUUCGUCACCAUCUCUGCCAGAAAGGUGGAGGAUUGGAGGGAGAGAAGAGGCAGACGGACCGAGUGAAAGCCAAAGUUAAACAACUUGGUCUUGCUCUUCUUAAUAAUCUGCGUGUCCAGUGUGAGUCUGGAUUUGGUUCUGGGGUUCUCGCCCAUGUCAUGCUGUCGGGCUCUGAGUCUGACAAGAUGAACUGUGCUCUGUCGCUGCCAUUAAUCAGCAGCAACAAGUCCCUGUUGAAGAAACUUCUUCUGGACAGCGGUGGACUUCUUCUGGCUCUACAGCCUCUCGUUUGCGAUGACGAUGAUGUGGAUGAAGACCACCCUGCGGAAUGUGGGAAGUUGCUUUCUGACUGCUUUAAUUCACCGCAUUCAGGCCUGAGUUCUCAGCUCCACUCGCUGUACUUCUCUCUCCUGAUUGGAUGCCUGUCCACCCUGACAGGUGGCAUCAGAAUGGCGCUUGACAGAAAACAUCUCAAUCCAGCUGCAACAUCGUCACUCAGUAAAAGUGACAAAGUUUCACCUCCUCCCUCGAAAAAGCCUCGCAUGGCUGACAUCUGUCCUUAUGCAGUCUCAAACUUUGACCUCCUCUUGCUGCUGGAUGACGGGACUCAGAUCCCAGCCAACAGGGAGGCCGUGGCCGGGGUGGAGGGGACACACGGGGUCGGCUCUGAAUACUUUUUGGCUCUGUUGAGGGGCGGGUUUGGAGAAGCUCAGGGUAAUGCAGAAGAAGCCAUCCGCAUUAAAGAUGUCAGCACAGGUAUGCUGCUACCUGUGCUGCAUUAUCUGCAUGGAUGUCGCCUCAGCAAGGACACAGAAACGACGGGGGAAAGGGAUGAAGGAGAGAGGACAGGACAGUGUCAGAUUCUGGACACACUGGUCCUCGAAGGCCUGGGGCUCUGCCAAAAAGAGACGGAGGAUCACUCAACGGAAGACCUGGCUUUCCAGAAAACAGCUUUAGGCGAGAUGAUGAUUGGAGCGCGCAGGUUUUUGGUGACCGAGCUGCAGCGAGAGUUGGAGGAUCUCUGUGUGGCGCUUCUCUUGUCCUGCUCCAACAAGGCUGUCAAUCGGGCUGCAUCAGCUCCCACAGAGGAGAACGCCGCGAAGGCUGCAUCUGAAACGGACCGAGAAGGCCUGGAGUCUGCUGAGGAGAACCUGGCUAAUCGGACAUCUGAGUUAGAAUUGACUGUUUUAGAGGUGCAAACGGAAACUUUACCAGGACAGACGAAGAAACCAAACAGUUUCUUACACCAGACGGGCAUUAAUAAAACCUCUUUUGCUGGAACAGUUCAAAAGACCAGCAGAGGACUCACAACUUCAGACCUUAAGACAAUCAAAAGUGCCACUCCAGUUUCCAAAUCAAGCUGUGCAUCAGUGGUGGACAAAUCACUUGACCAGGAAGAUUUGAGGUUAAGACCAAAGAACUUGAUGAAAAGUUCAGCACAGCUUCUGAAAUCAGCAGCUCAGGACUCCCUUUCUUCCUCAGAGGCCCCUGCAGGAGGUGGGGCCCUGGCCGCUCUCCUCCCCCAGGUGUACUGGUUUUCCCAGCGGUACAGCUACCCAGCACUGGGUCGGGCCUGUCUGUCUUUGCUGCUGGGGUGCCAGGACUGUCCUCGGCCCUUCUUGUCCUCCUCCAUCGCUGGGGAUUGCCUUCGCAGACUUACCAGAGAGGCCGACUGUGCAGAGACUCUGAAACAGGAUCUACUAAGUUUGGCCACAGUAGCUCUGAGCUGAGCAAGGAGGGAAAUAUUAAGGUGGAAAUAUUGGUGGCAUGAAUCCAGAGGGCACAGAUUUUAGUGAGAGUCAACUUUGGAGCUUGUUGAUAGCUUCUAGAAAUUGUGUUAAUUUUAUCAAAUGUCUGGAAAGUGCAGGUUCAAACCACACGAUUACCUGAAAAUCAUGCUGUAUGAAUUUGUUCAGCACUAACAGAACUGACUGUUGAUUUAUUUUCGUAAACUGGAAGCAGAAAUUUCUAUUUAGUUUUGAUGGAAUCUGAUUUAACUGUAGCCUGUCCCAGCAUGAUGUAAUUAUGUAAUUGUGUUAUAAUUUACUGUUGUUGGAUUUUUUUUUUUUUGAAUUUGGUUUAAAAGAAAGUCUAAACAACUGUCCACAAUGCAUUUGCUAGAUAUCAUUUAGCUGGAGCUACUGGAAUUAUAAGGGUUGGUCUGGGCGCCAGAUUGUUUAUUUUGUACAUAGAGAUGAUAUGGAUUAGCAUAUAUACAGUGUAUAGAUUCCAGCUGUCCCAUAUUAAUUUAUGCCACUGAAUAUAUUGUUGGAACAUCCCUUUGCUUGUGGUUUCUUGCGUGGAGAGUGGGUGUACAGAAUGGCCACAGUAAUUCUGCAGUGUGCUAUGCUUUUCUUAUUGUCAACCAAUUACAGUACAUGAAAGACAAAAACCAACAAUGUGUUACUCCGUCUCUACUUUCCGAUUUCCCUGUCUUGUGUGUCUCUCAGUCCAAAGCCCAUUGAUUUCUAUUAGAAGGCAGAAAUCUAUAAAAAUAGAUCUUAGCUAUAUAUACAUAAUGUUUUUCUUAAAAAAGGCCAAAGUAUUACAGCUUGUUGUUAUAGUUUUUAGGAAACAUUAUUCAAGCUGGAGUAAAUACUGCAUUUGUUGGGGACUAUUUUCAGUGGCGGAUUAAUACAUGCUUGGUGCUCUAGUGAGUAUUUGGUGUAGCCGGUUGAUAAUGUGGGAUUGAGACAAAAUUAACAGUGUGGCUUAUUUAUGUCUUUUUGGACAUCAUUUGGCUGCUCAGAUGAAAUUUGUUAAUAGAUCAGUUCAUUGUUGGUUUUGGUCUUUCAAGGGAUUUGUUUGACAAUAACAGUAUAGAAUACUUCCUUUUUUUAGUCUUUGAAAGACUUCAUGUGCAGGAUUUGAACAUUUCCAGCUUUGGCGACUCUUGGUAGUUGCAUAUAAAGAGACACCAUAAGAGAUAGCAGCGCCUUCAUCUUUGACCCUUGGUUGAUUAAAAUGAGAACUACUCUGAAUUGAACAAAAGAAGCGACACUCGUUAUAAUACAGCACAAAGUGGUUUUAUUCCUGUCUGGGCGCACCGCUUGAUGGCAGCCUGGCUUGGCCCCUCGGUCAGUGUAAUUAAGCCAAGUACACUGCUGACUGCAAGCACAGCUGAGGAAUGAGAGUGAUCCUCUCAGUGAUGGGAGCUCUCAAAGCCAUCGGGUAGAGCAUUCGUAUGAGGGUUGUGGAACAGAGUGUGGUUUCCGUCGCCCCAGGGAA